AUGGUCAGACAGUUGCUCACAGAUCGAUCUGAUCGGAGAUUCUGUCUCCAAGUUUCUCUCUCCAUCGCUAGCUUCCGAUUGCGUUUGGUCUCUCUACGACGAUCCCAUCCUCCAAGUCUCCCUUCAAAUCGAACAGUUGCCGAUCACCGCCGCGCUCUCCAAGUUCUUCUCCGACGUCCUCCUCAGAACCUCGCCGUCUACGUCACACACUUAGAGGCUCCGAAACGGAGCAGUUUCGGUUCCGGAAGCAGUGUGGUUCGGGUUUCAGAGUUCUACUUUCAAAAUGGUCGUCCACCACCUAAUGGACUUAAUAAACAACGUCUUUCCAGAAUUGAUGAGCUUUUCAGCAGUCAUAUGAAUGGAUUGCAAAUGCAGGAAUUUAAGACGGUUACAAAGGAAGUAUGCAAGCUACCAACAUUUUUAUCUUCUUCUCUCUUUAGAGAGAUAGAUACUGGCUGCAGUGGGAUAGUGGCCAGGUCAAGUCUCUAAUUGAUGAUGCAUCGUCAAGUAUUUCUAUCGGUGCACAAGGGAACUCUCUUAGUGCAAAUGCUGCUGGGAUCAACUCACUGCCUUCCAUGUUUCAGGCUGGUAGUACACCCUCACUUCCACCGUGAAGUUCCUCAAGCUCUCCACACUUUUCAACACCGAAAUCCGACCCUUCUCUAGGCUCUCGUUUUAUUUACCUUUGUUAUCCAUCAGCAUUGUGAAACAUUUUUUACAUGGUUCUUGUAAGACUGAGAAUUUCACCUUUUUUUAUUCUUCUAGCUUCGAAUUUCUUCUUAAAUCUCAUUUAUCAUCAC